UUCGUAUUUCGUACAAAAAAGAUAUGUCUCUCCAUUUUUUUCGAAAUGCUAAGUAGAUCUUCUAAAAAAUACACUAAUUCUAAUGUGAAAAAUAUAAAAAUAAAUUGUUAAAUCGUGCAAAACAAACAUCGUUGAAAAUGACUGUCUGGAAUAAAAUCGGUGAUCAAUAUUUGUACGCAAUAGCCAAAAGCAAUUUCAAUCAAGACAAACCGCACAGACUAUGUUUGGACGUUGGUGAUUCGGUUAUAAUAUUAGCUGAGACCAAAAAUUGGUACUAUGGAUACAAUAAGAAAAACAAAACUACGCUAGGAAUCUUUCCAAAAUCCUAUGUACAUUUACUGGAAUGUAUCAAAUGUAAAGACGAGUAUGUUGUGAAGCGAUCAGAAAUUGUCACCGAAAUAACAACCGUACUGGGCGAUUGGGGUGAAUUGUUUAAGAGAUUUUACCUAUCGAAUCAUGCCAACUUUCAACCGAUCAGACGGAAGAUACGUGAAUUGAUAAGGCUGAGAUCGCAGAUUUUGUCGGGCAAUUUACCUGUUGAUGAAAUGAAAGAAGUUAAAUUGCAGGCAACAGCUGAAAUUGAUACCGGAAACAGUUUAUUGGGUUUGGAUAUGGUAGUUCGAGAUGAAAGUGGUAAUGUUCUAGACGUUAAUUCGACAUCGACCACGCAGUUGUAUGAGCAUCAUAUCAACGCUGUUGAUCGCAUCAAAAAGGCGAAUAAUUCCUACAAUAAAAAUCGCAUAUCCAAAACGAUGAACAAACAUUCGCACAAUUUACUUGUAACCGUUCACGCAUUUGUGUGCAAAUUCCAAGAAGAUUCUGACCUUCUGCUGACAUUGUACGAUGGCGAGGAAAUGAAGGCGAUAACAGAAAAUUAUGUAGUUAAAUGGGGUCGGCAAGGAUUGGCACGAGACUUAGAUCAAUUUGAUAAUCAUCGGGUUCUGUUUACAGACUUAAGCAGCCAUGACUUAAAUCGUAAUAAAGUUUAUCUGAUUUGCUAUGCAAUCCGUUUGGGUUCGAUGGAAUUCAAGGAGACCGAUUCGAAACGAGGCAGCGUAGCGAAUGCCGUUUUAAAUCCAAAUAAUAAAAAGAAUUCGCUGCAGAGCAUUUCAUCGAAUUCCGGUGGAGCGGAUCAGAUGCGUCGUCCAUUCGGCGUUGCCGCCAUUGAUUUGACGCUGAUUUUUAAGAAGCCGGAAGAUUUCAACAAGAAUAGCUUCGAUCUGCCGUUCAUAUUGUGUGAAAAGGAGUUUCUGGACAAUACGCUAAAGAAGUUCAUCAUCAACAAAGAUGUCGGAAAGAUUGAUUCAAAGCUGGCGGUUAGUGUGGAAUUGUUGCAUGGUGAUAUCAAACAGAUCAAAGAAGACUUCCCUCACUUAGUGCAUGGCAAUGUUGCCUUCGCGCGCAAAAUGGGCUUCCCGGAAGUAAUCUUCCCCGGCGAUAUACGUAACGAUUUAUACCUGACGCUUGUGUGUGGCGAAUUUUCCAAAGGAACAAAAAGCACUGACAAAAACAUUGAAGUGACUGUGGUUGUGUGCAACGAGAAAGGAACUGUAGUACCUGGAGUGUUAACACUUGGCGCCGGAGCAUCAUUUUUAGACGAAUACAAAUCCGUUAUUUACUAUCACGAAGACAAACCGAAAUGGAACGAAACGUUCAAAAUUCAAGUGCCAAUCGAAGAGUUCAAAUUGUGCCAUCUGCGAUUCACAUUCAAACAUCGCAGUUCGAACGAAAGCAAAGACAAAUCGGAAAAACCGUUUGCCUUAUCCUAUGUCCGCUUGAUGCAAGACAACGGCACCACACUGCAGCACGAUUCUCAUAAUUUAAUUGUUUACAAAAUCGAUCAAAAGAAAUUCGACAAGGAGGCGCAAUACGGAUAUUUGACACUGCCAUCGCGGACAUUUGAAUUAACAAAAAAUUCAAAACCAUCGGCUCCGGGGCUUAGUUUAUCGGUUAAGGAUUCAUUUACAAUUAGGACGAAUGUUUGUAGCACCAAACUGACCAAAGACGGUGAGACAUUUUUCCCAUUUUGUCGUUACGAUGCAGCCUAUACAACGAUUUGCUUUGUAACCUUUUCAGUCGAUAUACUGGGUCUGCUGAAAUGGGCAUCGAAUAAAGAAAAUUUAGAGAAUUCACUCAUCAAACUAAUCAACAUUGUGAACGCCGAAGAGGUGGUGAAGUACCUUCAAGACAUAUUGGACGCGUUAUUCAACAUUCUCGUGCAGAAUGACGAUCCACCCAAGUUUGACAAUUUGGUGUUCAAAUGUUUGCUGCGGCUUAUAGAGACCGUAUCGGACAUGAAAUAUCAACACUUCCAGUCGGUGCUGGACUUGUACAUAAACGAAAUUUUCUUUGCUACCCUAGCCUAUGACAAAUUAAUAAACGUGUUGCAAACGCACAUCAAAAACGCAAUCAACAACAAGCCAACCGAAACGGAGUUCGACUUGUGCACCAAUUCAAACGAUGAUUUACUGUACAAAACCACCAAAAACCUGCAGUACAUCAUGAAAUUCAUAAUUCGAUCGAGAAUCUUAUUUGCUGAAAUGAAUGACGUCAAAGAUCGUGUACUGUUCGAAUCAAGUCUGGAGGAUCUGUUGUCAUCAUUUGUCAACCUCAUUUCGUGCUCAAAUGAUUUGCUUCGUUCGCAGGGUGCAAUGCUCAAGUACAUUCAUGUCAUAGCAUCCGAUUUGAUUCAAGUCUACGAUAAAAUCAAACUAAGUCAUUACAUUGUCGAAAUCAUCAAAAAUAUACCAGCAGGACGGCUGACACAAUCCAAAAUGAUUUGCAUCAAAGAUUUGGUUAAAUCGAAAUUAUUCAAAUAUCCGGAAUGUCGAGCGAUACUGUUGCCGGUGUUUUGCCAGCAAAUCAAAGACAAAUUGGAGAGCAAAGAAGAGGGCGAUUUUUCUGAUAUUUGGCAACAAGAAAAGAACCUUACAAAGGCCGCUAAAGUGUUGGGUGUUAAAAACGCUCAUCUACAUACACGUGAAACAUCGGCAAAAACCAAGGUGGUUGAAUGCGUCAAUAUUAUGAAUAAUAUGCUGGAGCUACUAUUCACAAAUGAUGUCGGCCCAACUGAAAACGAUAUCAAAGACAUUAUGUUAAUACUUUUGCGUACUGUGAUACAAACAUCCAUUGCUAUGGACCGUGAUAAUCCGUUGGUGGGAAAUUUGGUUGCGAUAAUGCUGGGAAUAUUUCGCAGCAUGAAGUCCAUUCACUAUGACAUCUAUGUGGAGAAUUUUACGCAUCUGGUCGAUUUACAAGAUUUUCUCACCGAAAUUCUGCUAGUCUUCAAAGAUUUGGUGUCAAAGCCGGUGUUCGCAAACGAUUGGAUGGACAUGCAAAUGCACCAAAAUACCGUCAUAUUGGAGUGCUUGCGGAAUUUCUCCAAAGUGAUUAUGGACAAUUUCUUCUAUCCGUUCGAGAAGCAAGUUUGGUCGAAUUUUUUCCACUGUUCGAUUGCAUUUUUGAUCCAGCCGCCACUGCAAUUGGAUCAAUUUAGUGAUAAUAAAAAGUCAACGAUUCUAUUGCGAUAUGAGGACAUUCGUCGGAAAACAGCCGAAGAGAUUCAGAAAAUGUGGUUCAAUUUGGGUGAACAUAAGAUCCAUUUCGUACCGAGCAUUGUCGGUUCAAUACUCGAAAUGAGCUUAAUACCGGAAGAAGAGCUGCGACGCACCACAAUACCAAUUUUCUUUGAUAUGAUGCAGUGUGAGUACAAUUCAUCACGAUUUGUGCAUGAGAGUUACGGUGAUACAAAGCGCAAUCAAAGUCACAUUAAGGGAAAUUUCCUGGACUUUGAGAAAGAAAUGAUUGAAAAACUGGACAUCUUAGUGGAGGGUGGUCGUGGUGACAUGGAAUACAAGGACUUAUUCCAUUCGAUAAUGAUGCGCUUUUGCAUGAAUCACAAUACGUUACGGGAAAGUGGCACAGUUUUUGUGACAAUGGUGACCAGACUAUUGGACCGGCUGUUAGAAUAUCGUUGCAUCAUCCACGAUGAAAGUAAAGAGAACCGAAUGGCAUGUACUGUAAGUCUGUUACAAUUUUAUUUAGAAGUAAAUCGCAACGAGAUGUACAUAAGAUAUGUGAACAAACUGUGCGAUCUGCACAUGGAAUUCGAUAAUUAUACCGAAGCAGCAUUCACGUUAAAAUUACACAGCAAUCUGCUGAAAUGGAACGAUACACCUUUAUCGUCACUACUUCGAUCUCAUCGUCAUGCAAAUUCUGUGACCCAUCGUCAAUUGAAGGAGUCAUUGUACAAUGACAUUAUCGAAUAUUUUGACAAAGGAAAGAUGUGGGAGUGUGCCAUCGAUAUGUGCAAAGAGCUGGCUGAACAAUACGAAAACGAAAUUUAUGACUACCGAUCUUUGAGUCACAUCCACAUGAAGCUGGCCCAGUUUUAUGAAAAAAUUCUGAAAGAAAUGCGACACGAGUCGGAAUACUUCCGAGUUGCCUUCUAUGGCUUACGUUUUCCCGAAUUUCUGCGAAAUAAGGUGUUCAUUUACCGUGGUAAAGAGUACGAACGUUUGAGUGAAUUUUGUACCCGAAUUUUGACACAACAUCCAGCCGCCGAGUUGAUGCAAACGUUGACCUCACCAGGGGAUGAGAUUACCCAAAGCGAUGGACAAUAUAUUCAAAUCAACAGCGUUGAGCCAAUGAUGACCGACGAUCCGAAUGUUAGCCGACUCAAAGAUAAGGUCACUGCGCCGGAAAUAGUCAAGUAUUACCAAACGAAUAACGUGCAAAAGUUCAAAUUCUCUCGUCCGUAUUACAAAGACAAUGGCGGUGGCGCUGACGACAAUACCGUUGGAAAUUUCUGGUUAGAGAGAACCAUCAUGAAGACGAAUUUUCCAUUGCCGGGAAUUUUGAGAUGGUUCCCGGUUGUUGACGCGAAUACAUUCAAAAUAUCUCCAAUAGAGUAUGCUAUCGAAACAAUGGAACUGACAAACAAAGCCGUUCGGGAUUUAAUCAUAGCCCAUCGUAACGACGAAAAUCUUCCCAUUAAUCCGCUCAGUAUGAAAAUCAAUGGUGUGGUAGAUCCAGCCGUAAUGGGGGGUUUCGGUAAAUAUGAGGAAGCGUUUCUGACCGACGAAUACAUGGAGAAGAAUGGCCAGGAUCAUUUUCUAAUCGACAAAUUGAAAGACUUGAUUGCGUCACAAAUUCCGCUAUUGGAAAUUGCAUUGUCGGUGCACAAAUCGAAAGCGCCGGCCAAUCUGUUACCGUUCCACGAUCGCUUGGAGAAAUGUUUUGCUGAAAUGAAAGAGGGAGUGGAAAAUAAGUAUGGAAAGAGGACUAGCGACUUGAAAAUCGACCGUGAUUCAUUUGUGACAAUGCGUCGACAAGGUGUCAUGGCACAAAUGAGUAUUGAUUCGAAUCGGUUAUCUGAGACAAGCAUGGGAUCUACUGAUAGCGGCUUGUCUAAAUCAACUACUGCUCGACCGCAUACUAAUACUAUAAAAUCGACAUUCGGCUUUCAAAUAUCUAGAACAUCGCUCACCAAUUCACCGAAUUCAAAGGGCAAACCAAAAGAAAAACAAAAUAACAAACCGCGAAGAACGAGUCGCCGGGCGGAUCGAGAUGCGAUAAGUCUACCAACAGCGAAUAGCCAAUGGUAUGCAACGCCGCUAACGCCAAUAAAUUCGACACCGACGUCAGACAAAGACAAUCCGAUAUGUAACUCAGCACCGGCAACGAAUACAACGACACCAGUUUUUGAGUUGACUGAGGAGGUGCGUAAAGUACUAACAUUAACAUUUAAGAGCCUUACGCCAAAACGUCCACUUCGUUCCGAAAUGGAACGCGAACGUCGUCUGUCACGUCCCUGCAGCACCGUCACACCCACAUCGAGCAUCAAAGGUCUUAAUUCAACGGACACACAAUCACUCAGCGACGAAAGUAGUAACCGUAAUUCCAUUGGUAACAUUUCACUACAAUCACUCACAAACGAGUUACUUCUCAUGACGAAUAAUCCAGUCACCACAGAUUCAACGGCUUCCGAAGAAGAUAUUGCCGUACCGCCGCCGUUGCCGGCAAAGUCACGCGAAAGCAGUGAUUACAGCAAUUUACCGAACACCGACGACAAUACCGGCACGAUAAAACAAAGUCCUGGAAAGUAUAAAAAUAAACCGUUACCAGCGCUACCGACUGCUGCCGCGAUCAAUUCGUCUUAUGACUAUGUAGAGGCUAGAAAUUUCAUGAAUCGUGCAGCGGUUCGACCACCGACUCCACCACCGAAACCAUCGAGGAAUAGUAAAUAUGUUUCAAUGUGAAAGUAUUACGAGAACGGAAAGAAGAAGAAAAAUGGGGGACCAGACAUGAGGACAGAAAUUUAGAAUGUUUUUGCAUCUGGAAUACGAGAAAGAACAGAUGUGAAAAAUCGGAAAGAACUUUUUUUUUCUUGCUUUUAAUUUGUACGAAAACGCAAUUUUUUUCGACAAAUAAAUCACUCUGGGAAACAUAUCAAAAGAAAAUCGAGGAUGAAACAGUGUGUGAGAAUAAUCAAAUAUUUUUUGUAUAAGGUGCUCUUAUAGACAAAGUUUUUUUUUAUUAAAUGAAAUUAUAAAAUGGAAAUAUUUUCCAGCUACACUUAAGUAGAUAGAAUAGAAUAUACUAUAUUUACAUUGAUUAAACGGAUUUUUAUUAUAACAAUUGUGCCAGAAAAUUCAAAUUUUUAUUUUUCGUUUUUUUUAUGUUAAAGAAAUUAUUUUGAUUUUGAGAUAGAGAGAGAGAGAGAGAGAGAGAAUUUGUUCGUCUCUUUUUUUCGGUAUUUUACAGAGAGAAAAAUAUUUAUUUUUAUCCGUUUCUCUUUUUGUGUUUAUUUAGUUUAAGACACCAAAGUUUAAUUUUUAAUUAUUAUUUCUUAUUUGCGCAUUAUCGUGAAUUCUAACUAAAAAAAAAAAAACAAAAUUACAAAAACUCCAGACCGUAGACUAAACUCGUAUUAAUUGGUUAAUCAAUUUUAAUCGAAUAUAAAUGUUUUUAAUAAAUUAAUAAAAUGGAGAAAAUAAAAAUUAAAUUGAAAAUCGUGUAUUAUGGAUGAGAUUUAGAUUUUAUAUAUAUAGAUGUGUCAGUGUAAAAAAACAAACAACAUCAAGUGAUGUGUUGGAAUGUAUUUAUGUAUAGUUCGAGACAA